AUGAAGACUGCCCUAAUGACUCAGAUACAAUUUUGGGUCAGGACUUUAGCCUCCGUCAUACUUUUGUUACUAUCCGGAGUAUUGAGCACAGAAGGAAGUCAUUCGCUAACAAAUACACAAAGUCACAAGGAUCCCGAUGAAUUGGGGCCGCAGUUUUUGGCACAAUUAACGAAUAUCACCGUACCACAAGGACGCGACAUUUCUUUCACUUGCGUUGUGGACAAUUUGGGCCAAUAUCGGGUGGCAUGGAUUAAAUCAGAUUCAAAAGCAAUACUUGGUAUACAUACACAUAUGGUCUCGCUAAAUCCAAGAUUAUCAGUGACACACAAUGGACACAACACCUGGAAACUUCACAUAUCCCACGUGCAACUAAACGAUUCCGGCAGCUACAUGUGCCAGGUGAACACGGAUCCCAUGAAGAGUCUGUCGGGUUAUUUGGAUGUCGUAGUGCCACCGGAUAUUUUGUAUCACCCCGACGAAAAUAUUGACGAGGGUGUCAGCACAGAGGGAGGCAGCAUCUCACUACAAUGCAGUGCCACAGGUGUUCCCGAACCCAUGGUGCAAUGGCGACGUGAGGGCGGCAAGGAUAUUAUGCUCCGUGCGGAAAGCAGAGACAAACAAGCUCUCAAGUCUGUGGAAGGCGAGCGACUGACACUCACGAAUGUCCACCGUACUGAUAUGGGGGGUUACCUGUGCAUAGCAUCAAAUGGGGUGCCACCCUCAGUGAGCAAGCGUUUUGAUAUACACGUCAACUUUCCGCCAACAAUCAAGGCGGUUAACCAAUUAGUGGGGGCGCCAGUCGAGAGAGAAGUAACCCUAGAAUGUAUUGUGGAAGUAUAUCCAAAACCACUAAACGGCUGGUACCGCAACGAAGGCAACGUUAAAUUACAUAAUGGCAACAAGUAUAACAUAUCUGAGGCAUUGAUUAACCUGUACACGUGGCAUCUCAAUCUGACGAUACGACACCUGACAAAGUCUGACUUUGGUGCUUACAGCUGUUCGAGUGUGAAUGCCCUUGGGAAGAGCGAAACAAGAAUUCGACUGCAAGAAUUACGAUUACCGCCCAAGUCAACAACGACACCAACACCUCACGUGCACACUACGAGCAAACCGCGUCGGAAGCAGCAGCCCAACCACAACAAGGGACUGAACGAAGUGGUGCGUGCCAAGGAAACCCAUUUCUCAAAUCAAAUGCAGCAAGAGAACGAUGUAUUCGGCGGUGGUGCUGGCGCUGGUGGCGGUGGUGGUGGUACCGGCAUUGGGAAUGUGCCCCAAAGCACCAACAGCGGAGCUGCUGUGGCAAGUGGAAACGUCAACGGCAUGAUAAACGGAGCGGAAGGUAAGUUACGAUUUAGAAAAUUCCACAAGUACGAGUACGAGUACGAGCACAAGCACAAGCACAAGCACAGAAUGAAGUCAGGCAUAAGCGGCAGUUACAAACACUCACAUUCACAUCUCUAA